AGGAAGAGACGCCCAGCCCGAGUAAGGCGGCUGGCUGCUCUCCGGCGCUUCGGGAUGCCUUCUCGGAUGGGAGUGGCGGCGGCGGCCCUCCUCGCCUGCAGCAGCCAGGUCCUCCUAAGUGAAGUGCUUUUACCCCGUCCUCGCAAUGUGACACUUCUGUCGAAGGACUUCGGUCUGUUCUUGACGUGGCUGCCAGGGAUUCACUACCCACCUGGGGUGUUCUACAUUGUUCAGUGGAUGAAUGCGUUUGCUGUCUGGGAGGACUUCCUGCCUUGCAGAAACAUCUCAGAAACAGUUUGCAAUAUAACAUGCACAUCUCCAGACCUAUACAACGGCUUUGAUGUCCGAGUGAAAGCUCAGGCUGGAAUCCUCUCCUCAGAAUGGGUGACUUGCGAAGGCAUAGAUUAUGCUGUUGAUGUGAAGCUCACCCCACCAGUUGUCCAAGUAAGAAAGACCGGAGACACAGUUAUGGUGAAUGCCACUUUCUCUGACCCCUUGUGCUUGAAGGACCUGUUCAGAGAUCUGACCUCUGACUUAGAAUUUUGGGAAGUUGGAAUCAACAACCGAAAAAAAAUCAACAUGAAAAACACGAAGGACUUUGAUACUACAGUUUUCAACGGCAGCAGCUAUUGCUUCAGUGCCCGAGCAAAUUUAAACGGCAUGCACAGCAACUUCUCCGAGCCAACUUGUAUACAGUUAUACAAGGAAGCAAAUACCUGGGCAUUCGCUCUUCUUCCAGUUCUACUCCUGUUCAUCUUGUUUCUUUGGGUCAUCCAUUCUGUCUACCAGUCCAGAAGUAAACCUAAGACCACCAAAAGCCCCCAAACUUUGGAUUUUUCCAGCUAUAAAGCUCCUAAGAAGUUCCUGGAAUUUCCGAAAAAGGAAUUCAUCGAUGUCUUGACAUGCCCUGAACACCCUGUAAUACUAGAAAACAGGAGCAGGAUUACACCCCAGAUACGUUCGAAAUUGAUUCCUUCUGUGUUAGAGGAAUAUGAGGAGGAGGAGGAGGAGGAGGAGGAGGAGGAAGAGGAUAUUGGCAACUCCAGGCCUUACACCGAAAUCCAUCGAUUCCAGAAGAAUGACGUGAACAGCCAAGGGGCUGGCCUGCUUCAGAAAGUGCCUGAUUCAUCCUCUGAAUCGGAAACUUCUCAGCUGGGUGAAGGUUCCGUGCCAGAUUUAACGAUGUCUGGGUUCUUUGGUUUGACUAAGCCCGUCUUUGGGGAGAUGACUUCUGGUCCCCAAGGGAGUGAGAUAGCUUCACUUUCUGUGGACUCCUCUGCAGAGGAAUCCUCUGUGUGUCGGGACUUUUAUCCAGCUGCUCGAGGAGAUCAACAGAAAGAUUUGGAUAAGGUUACAGGCUCCUUGUUUCAGUUGUCUGAUUCUAACCUCCUCCCUGGGAACCUCUUCACGGCUUCAGAAAGUUUUUGCGAAACCCUGGGAGACCCACAAAUAUCACUGUUAGAAGUACGAACCGAUCAGGACUUCUGUGGACUCCUUGAGGAUGAGAAACUAUCUGAAAAGGACUCUUGCGGCUGGGAAAGACUUGUGGUAGAACUGUCUCCUUUGAAGAUGCCUUUGAGGGAAGGCUUAGGAAGCAGCUUGGUGGGUGGAAACGGGAGCUCGGUAGAGGACAGUACUCCACACCCUAAAUUCCAUGGGUAUCAACCCAGGCCUGUGCAUUAUCUUUCAAGAAUUUUACAGGGAUGACGGAUCUCCUCUUCAGAGUAGCCUUAGGAAUUUCAUUAGAAGUCCCUCCAUCAAGACCAAGGUUGCAAAUUUUGGACAAAAAUGUCCAGAUUUUAGAAUAAGAAGAGCUAAAUGCAGUGAACAGAAACCACACAUUCGGUGUCUAGAAUAUACUGUGCAAAUCAGACCUGCACACAUUUUUUAGUUUCACUUGAGGCUUUCUGGAGUCUGACAAUAAGUAGAGAAAUUCCUGCAUUUCUCACAUCAUGUUCAGUGUUACUGGAGUGUUAACAGUGACCCUCAGGGCAACAAGAAGCCCUUGUGCUUUCUUUAGACAAAACUAUUUUCAUUCUGUUUGCACAUCUUGCUGUGAGAUUUUGAAUUUUCUACCAGGACUGAGUGGUAGACACCAGGUCUGCGUGUUGGCCAAACCCAUUAUCAGGGCCAGCCCGCCCAUUGGGGCCGGCCUGGCUGCUGCCUCAGGGUGCUAAGGUGCCAGAGGGGGCACCGGCCCAGGGGCAGGGGCGCGCACCACAGAGCUGCCGUCGCCAACCAGGAGCGCGUGCUGGGGGCAGCUGAGCGGGCAGACUCCUGUUCAGGUGCUCUGCGGGCCAGGCGCAGCCAGCGGCCAGGGCAACCAGCUGCACCUGGCCUGCAGAGCAACUGAACGGGAGGGCUGGAAGGUCCCCCGUGUGCACACCCAGCCCUGUGUGAUGAUGUCACAUGCAGUGAUGUCAUCACGCAGUCCUAGUGGGUUGUUUGUGUAGGAUACUCUGCAGUUAUUAGUACGGCCUACCUAGUGCAGUAAUUCCGAGGGUUAUUUUUUUUAAAGACUAAUUAUAACUCCCAAUAUCUACACAAGCUUGCAGAACUGAAAUUUCUGUGGUGGGAAGCCUGAAAAGGACUUGAGGUGCAUUCUUUCAUGCUGUCUGUCUUGCUAGUCUGGCUCACUUCCUGCUGGAUUUUUCUGACAUACUGAUGUCACUACUCUCUAAGCAUAUGGUCCAAAUUGUUUUAAUAGUUCUGACAUGUGCCCCAGGUUACAAUGCUAGAAUAUAGUGGGGGUUCUGUCAUUUUGAAGAUGUGUCGGUAUUCUGACCCUUACUCGGACAAACCAUCAAAACCAUUUCCCUGUCUUAUUUUGGCAUCUGUCUAUGAAGCAUGCUGUUUUCAGUAUGGGAAAGGAUGGCUGUGGAGUUCAACGUGUGGGAGACUCGAGGAACCAUUACAUAUUCUGAUUCAGUCCAAAUGGCGAUGGUGCAAAUUUUCCAUUUUCGUGGACAAAAUGUGGAUAGAAUUAUUUGCUUCCCCAAACUGAAGUUUCAGAUACGGGGUUUUAACCCCAUGGCCUCAUAAAAAGCUUCUGUAGGAGCCUUUGAGGAUCAACUCAACAUUCCCAAACAGUUGGCAGAAGAACAAUGAUGCCUGCAUAUUUGAAGAGUUACUUAUUUUGCAAAAUAUAUCUAUAUAAAUGGUAAAGGUAGUCCCCUAUGCAAGCACCGAGUCAUUACUGACCCAUGGUGGGACGUCGCAUCACGACAUUUUCUUGGCAGACUUUUUACAGGAUGGUUUGCCAUUGCUUUCCCCAUUCAUCUACACUGUCUAGCACAGGAGCCCCGUGGCACAGAGUGGUAAGCUGCAGUACUGCAGUCCAAGCUCUGCUCACGACCUGAGUUUGAUCCUGGCAGAAGCUGGGUUCAGGUAGCUGGCUCAAGGUUGACUCAGCCUUCCAUCCUUCCGAGGUCGGUAAAAUGAGUACCCAGUUCCCUGGGGGUAAAGUGUAGAUGACUAAGGAAGGCAACGGCAAACCACCCUGUAAAAAAUCUGCCAAGAAAACGUGAUGCAACGUUGUCCCCCACCAUGGGUCAGUAAUGACUCAGUGCUUGCACAGGGGACUACCUUUACCUAUCUAUAUAAAUGCUGUUGUUAGAGCUGAAGUCCACUUUACAUGAGCAAAGAGCACAUUUGAAAUCCUAAACAAUUCCCUUCCACAUUCUGAGGAAUACUUUUGUUGGUGUGUACCUGGUUAAAUUUCUUGCAGAGAAAUCUGAAUAGCCCAAACUAGGCCAAGCUUACCAGUUCCUGGAAGCUAAACAAGGUUGGCCAUGGUUAGAAUUUGGACGUGGCAGGCCCCACAGGUCGUUGAGUCUUCUUACUAUGGUAAAAUAAAAUUAGUCAGUUCCCAGGCCAUUGUUCCACUCCUGCUUCAUCCACCCACCAUCGUCCUCUGCAUUAUGCUGCCUGGAAAAGGGUGGGAGAGGAGGAGGAGGAGGAGGAAGGGCUUUCUUCUCUUGAUUGCAAGCUUCUGUUUCCUACUCCUUUCACUCCUUCGAAGCUGUUUCAGGAAACCUGGAGGGAAAGCAACCGAGGAGGCAGGCAACAGCAGGAUCAGUGUUCUAACUAUCACAUUCGAUCCAGUGGCUGCCUGGUGCCAAGCCCUGUCCAAAUGUUUAAAAGCCCUUUGGUCUGCUUUCUCUAGCAUUUUUAUCCCUCUGGGGAUGUUGGAGAAGACCAACCAUCUUUGUCCAGGGGGCUUUCUGUCCUUCCUUUACGUCCUAAAUUUGCCAAGCCUGCCAUGUGGGAAGCUGCUGUUCUCUCUCCCCCUCUUAGUUACACUUGGGAGAUUCAAACAGUGUUUUCUUAGGAAUGUUUCCUGUGAUAAAGGCACACAGGCACAUCCUUUCUGAUUGUGUUCCCUGAAAUUUCUCUUUCUAGCACUCUGAUGUCUUCAAAGAGAAGCAGUUCCUUCUUACGUCGGCAGCUGGUCUGCCUAAUUCCAGGUGACUCACCUAAGCUGCCAGUAAAUAAGGUUUCUGGAUCCCGUCUGUACCUUUUAAAUUUGUUGAAGUAGGAGACAAGGCAGUUGCAUCUUAUGCUGACAACUGUUUCCCACUCAGUGCUUCAUCCCUCUGCUAUAGAAGGGUGUGCAGAACUGACUGGAAGGAGCACAUGAAAGGAAGGGGGAGGAAGUGGCGCGGGAAACUGUCAGUCUCCUAAUUUAGCAGCAGAUUUGAAGGUGCAUUAAGGUGGAAUCUUGGGGUUGCAACCAAUAGACUGAGCUGUAUGUUUUAUGUCUCUGUUCUUUUCCAAAAUAUUUUAAAUAUAUGAUGUUUACAUUGCUAUGA